UACAUAGAUAAAACAACAAAAAUAUCAAAUGAAAGCGCGUCUUGUGUGUGUGACAAUACAAUCGUUGCUUCGACAAAUGUAAUACGUAAAAAAUAGGCUAAUAACACCAUAAACGUCAACUACAAAUAAGCGUACAAAAUUUAAUAAAAAGUGUUUCCUUUUUACAUACAAAUCGUGGAAAAUAGUGUUUAUUAUUAAUAUCAAAUUUUACCAAAAAAAGUUUUUUUGAAAUGUGUUCUUUGACCUAAGGAUAAAAUAAAAAAAAGCGUUAAUUGGGAAUUAAAAUACAUAAAUAUUUAUAUAGAAAAUUAAAAAAAAAACAGCAGAGAAGUCAUGGCUGAUGGGGUUUUCAAAUCACGGGACAUUGGUCUGCGUGCUCAAAAAAAGAUCCUUUCUCGUAUGGCUACAAAAAAUAUUGCAAAAACAUUUAUUGAUGGUACAACAGCUUCAUUAUUAGACAACUUAUAUCGCCUUUGCAAACUUCACAGUGGCAACAAGGUUAAAGCAGAGAAAAUUAUUAAGAAUGUCAUUAAAAUUGUUAUAAAAAUUGGAGUCUUACAUCGUAACAAUCAAUUUAGUGCUGAAGAACAGACACAAGCUGAAAUAUUUAAACGAAAGUUUCAGAAUACUCAGCUAUCAGUUAUAUCAUUCUAUGAAGUUGAUUACAGCUUUGACCUGCCAUAUUUACAAAAAUCGAUAGCAGAAUCACAUGCAUCUUUGAAAUGUAUUGUUGAGAAACAUUUAACGGAAAAGUCUUUAAAUCGCAUCGAUGAAGUAUUUGAAUUUUUUGGCGAUCAAACUCUGUUGGAAACAGCAUUUAAACCAAAUUCGCCAUAUCGGGAAGUGAUGGGAAAAAUCGUAGCUGAUAUUAAUACUGCCAUGGAUACAGGGGAUAUUUGAAUAACGAAAAAUAUAAAAACCAAAGAAUUAUCUAAAUCAAAUUACAUAUUUAUACAAAUUUACUCUACAAAUGAACAUAUCACAAAACCUGAUGUGUAGAGUUAGGGUUUAAAUUUAAUUUAAACUGCAAUACCAAAAACCACUUUAAAAUUAUGCCUACACUUUUAAUAUGAGUAACUUGUAAAACAAUAUAUAUAUAUAUAUAUAUAUAUAUAUAUAUAUAUAUAUGUCUUAUUAAUCUUUAACUAUUUACAAAAUCACUAACACUAUAUUACGUAUAAAUGGCAAAUAAUUAUGAUUCAUAUACAUUAUGUAUGUAUAUUAGGGUGUCCAUAAAAAGUUUCGGAUAUUCUGGGCCCAAGUAUAUAAGAUCUUUUACAAAAUUUUGUGUGAUUUUUUUCAUAUUUCUCGCAGAGGAAAUAUAAAAUAUUGGUAUCAUGUGAUGAUCGUGUAAGUUCAAACAUAUUACAAUUUUUGAUAAUUAUUUUAAACCUCAUAUACUAUCAGCGAAAUGAGUUUUUCAGUUUCUUUGCACUAGAAUUCAGAUAUGAAUGCGCCUCUCAAAAACAAGGCCUUUGACAUAAUGCCAAUAUUUCAUAUGUUUCCUUUGCGAUAAAUAUGAAAAAGUCAUAAAAACCUUCAAAAAUUACUCUUUUAUUCUUUGAUCCAUCAAAUACUCUUUAAACUAAAUAAAAUUUAAUUUUAGUUGGGAAAAUCAACACCUUAUUUUUCCUCAGUACAAACGGGGCCACCUUAAUAUACAUACAUACUUAAAUAUUUAUUGAAACAACUAAUAUGACUUUCAAAUGAAUUGCUAUAUACACUGAAAUGAAUCCAUCCAUGCCUUAUUACAUUAUACAAAAUAUUACGUGAAUUCACACUACGAAUUAAUUCUUAAUUCAACAUAUGCACAUUAGGCUAUAACCAAAUUUUUGUUCCAUGCGAUUGUCAAUAUUGUGUUAUUUACGAAAACACAUGUUUCGGGUCAUUUUUGAACAAAUUACCUCAGAUUAUUAUGGGCUAUUCGACUAUAUCAGGACCAUUUUAAUAUUAAAAAAACGAAAACAAAUAUAGCCCUAAUGUACAGUUGAAAGUAUUUCGAAUUAAAACUAAUUUAAUUUACGAAAGUAAAGAAUUAGUUUCGAAACAAAAUAUUUUUUUUUUUUAUGUUACGAAAAAUUAUAUAAAUUAUAACAAAUGAGUUUUCGUAAAAUAAAAAUGCAUUACAUAACAUCUAUGAAAAAAGAGAAUACGGGCGUGUGUGAAACGGUAGCAAAGUUCAAUGGUAAAUUACAAUUAUCCUAUGGUGGAAAAAUUUCAUAAUUUUGCUGUGCUAAAUGACUCCAAUAUGUAUUUGACUCCAAUAAAUUUUGACAAUUCUCUAGAAAAUCCAAAAUACUUAAGAACAAAUUAUUUGUUUUUCACUCUUUACCCUUAUAAACACGAACCCUGGUUAUGGCCAAACUAAUAGUUAUACCAUAGAGAAUUAUACAUAGAGACGAGAAACUCCGAUUUGUCAAACAAAAAUUCAACAAAUCAUAUGUUUGAUAAAAUAACAUAAUACAUUGACUAGCAUGUAUUUUGUUGUUUGAAAGAGUUAGGUUUUUGACAACAGACUUAGGUUUUUGACAAUUACGUCUCGUCUCUAUGUUACCCUAUGAGUUAUACUGUCGGUUAAAAAUAUUUUUGUAUGAAAACUGACAGUUUAACUAUUAAUACAUAACCAGACUUCGUGUUACUGGGGGUUAUUGAUAUAUUUUUAUUUUAUUAAGAUUUAAUAAUGAAAUACAAAUGAAAUUAGAAAUAUACAUUUUAGUUUUGUAUAUUUUAUGUUUGUCAAAUAUUUCGGUUCAUUUGUCAAAAAUUUGUGUAGCCCUAUAAGCUAAUGAAAUUUUAUUCACCUCAUAUCUAUCAAAAAUUUACUUUCCCUCAUACUUUGCUACCGUGUCACACACGGCCUACGGGUUGGAGUAAAUAACGUUCCGUAUUAUAAACGAAAUUUUCUUGUAUAGUACGUAGAAAGUAGAACGCUUUUUCGUACUAUGAGGCAUGUAUUAUAUUCAGUGUAUACAAUAAAUAUGUAUGUCAUAUUAAAUUCUCGUAGUUUCUUAUUAUUCAGCAAUCAGCAUUCCAAAACAGUAUUUCCAAAGUUAUACAUACAUUUGUGCAUGUGUGUAAAUUAACUUAAGUAUUUCAAAAUAUAAAACUAAGUCAUAUCCACAGCUGCUUGUAAUCACAAUGAUAUUAAUUGUUACAUUUAAAUUUAAAUAAAUAAAUACAUACAUUAGCGUAAAAAAUAGCUCAAAGGUGCAUAGAAUGAAAACAUAUUCGGCCAAUUCAAAACUGGCUUAUUCACUUAGAAGUCGCAAUUGUUAUAUGUUAGUUGAAAACGCAUUUUAGUUAGCAUUCGUAUAUGUGAAACUUCGUUUCUAUUACAAUAGAUUCUCUACAUGAGAAUCACAAAGUCACAAACAAUUGAAAUAAGGUAAAAUAAUUUACUAAGUAAGUUUCGAUCUCGCAGUAGUAAUUGUGUUUCUUUUGUUACAAUAUUCAGCGUUUUCAAAAAAUGCCUCACAAUAAGUUAACAAUAUUUUAUUGUAUUGCUAGUUCCGUUUUUUCAGCUGGAAACAUUUUCUCCAGUAAAAAUAAUAAUUUCUCAUCGUUAAGCUUGAAAGAGCUUAACGAAAGAAAGAGCUGCGCGAAAAUAGCUAAUAUCAAACAAUAACUUUUAUAUGUAUGUAUGAUGUAUUUAAAUGAGUAUUUCUAUUGCAUUAAUUCGAAUUAAAGUUGUGAAAAAAUUAUUAUUAUUACGCUUACAUCCAAUAUUUGUGCAAAUAUUUAUGUAGAAUUGCAUAGUACUUAACAAAGAUUAUUUAUAAAAGAAUAAUGAAACGAACUUUUAUUUAAAAAGGGUAGUAUUUAAUAUAAACAAAAUUACAUUUAGUUUAUUUGGAUAUUUUGCAGAAUAUGUAUGUGGUUUUUAUCUUUUAAAAAGUGACGUCCUUAAUAUGUACAAUAAUAUAUAUUUUUUUGUAUACAAAAGCAAAUAUAAUAUUAGGUAGUUAUACACAAUUACAUCAUUUUUUUAACGGUCUCAAAUACUUUUAUAUUAGAAUAAAUUUGUAUCGUUGCCUUAAUGUAAAAUGUUGUUUCAACCAUUUCAGUUAUUUGUAAUUAUAAUAAUAAUAAACAUAUAGUAUAUAUGUAUGUAUUAGAUAUGUAUUUCGUUUUUACCAUUAUUAAUUAUGCUAUAUAAUAUUAUAUUAAGGUAGCGAUAAUAGUGUUUAUCGUCGUUGCGGCCACAAAAAGUAUCAUGUGUAAUUACUAAUUUAUUUUUUUAGAUUCACUUUGUUAUUCACUUGUCAAACUAUUCUCAAAUAUGUCUGUUAGUUCAGCAGUUUUUUAGCUCUCCUGAAAACACAUUGAACUUCUUGUUGGCUCAUCGACGAUAUGUAUGUAUGUAUUAAUGUAUUGUAGGUACAUAAUGUAUUAAAUUAUACGCAUAAACAAGAAUAUGAUAUUAAAUCAAUACAAUUACUACUUGUAAACUUUAUAUUGAAGCAAUUUAUUAAAUUUGUACUUUUUUACUAUUCUACGAAGACAAAAAUCAUAUGCAUACAUACGUAAAAAUAAUUUAACACUACUAUAUAAUAAUAAUAAUUACAUACAUAUAUAAAUAAUAAAAAAUAAAUAAUUGUAUGUAUGUGUAAAACAUUUGCAUUUAGAUAUAAAUAGAAUUAAAUAUACAUAUUGAUAUUGACCAGAACUUAAGCACCACCCAAUUGGAUUGUUUCCAAUGACGAAUUUCUUAAUAAAACAAAAUUUAAAAAAUAUGUUUCUUUGUAACUUUUAAUUGUUUAUACAUGUUUAUGUAUGUUAAUUAUUAAUAAAACAAACAAUAAAUAUAAUAA